AUGGAUCGAUUAAAAAAGCUUGGCAUGGUGAAAAAGCUUGAUGUAUGGGCGCCGCACGAACUGAGCGAAAAGAACAUCAUGGAUCGGAUUUUAAUGUGUGAAUCUCUCCUAAAACAAAACUCUCUAGAUCCAUUUCUGAAACGGAUCAUCACUGGAGACGAGAAAUGGGUUGUCUACAACAACAUUAAGCGGCGGAAGUCGUGGUGCGAUCCGGGCGAGUCUUCACAAACGGUGGCAAAACUUAAUUUGCAUCCACAGAAAAGUUUUGGCUGGGAAAUGAUGCAGCACCCACCAUAUUCGCCGGACCUUGCACCGUCUGAUUAUCACUUGUUUCGCUCGCUGCAAAACAAUGUUGACGGUCAUCAAUUCGACUCAAUAGAGGCCAUCCGAAAUCACCUCGUUGAUUUUUUCGCCCACAAGUCCCAAGGGUUUUACAAGAAUGGCAUCAAGGCCCUACCGAAACGUUUGCAACAAGUUGUAGAUCAAGACGGUCAACACAUUAUGGACUAA